CAAUGAAGAAAAUUCCAUAGUCCAGAUUUACAAUAUAAAAAUGGUAAAGAACGACCCCCACGAUUUAAACGAGGAAAGAAAAAUAAACCUAAAAGAAGUACUUUCAGAAAUUACAGAAUUGGUCGGAGAUAUGGACGGUGGUCGUCUUUUCACACUGCUCCGUCCACCAUUCUCCUCUAAAAAAGCAAUCCCCUUUCAACUUCCCUCAAUGAUUGUUUGAGCUUAAAGAAGAAAGUCCAUCUCUAUAAUAUACACUAUAACCCCUUUAACCACAAGUUUCUUCCACUUCUUCUCACCACUCGUAUUCCUUCCUCUGUCGUUUUCCUCACUCGCAUUUUUUAUAUUUAUCCAACAAAGUUCUCUUUUUUCCAAAACCAUAUUCUUUUUGAACUCUUUCUUCUUUAUUUCAGAGACUAUGGCUUUGCUCGUGACCAUCAUCUUAGGGUUAGCUUUCGUUGUUGGUUUGCUCAUAGGAUGGGCUUGGAAACCCAGAUGGGUUUCUUCUUCUAGUGAAGACAAAGUCAAGCUACAAUGCUCUGCUCCUAGACAACAUAAAACAGUUUCUCCUGUUUCUUCUUCUCAACAAGUACAUGUACUUGAUGGAGGGAAGAAAACAGAGGAGAGGUUGCCUAAUACUGUAACAGAGCUGGAUUUGAGACAUCUUGUGCAACUGGUUGAGAGGAAAGAUGGUGGUCCUGCUUGGGUUCAGAUGAUGGAUCAGUUUAUUCCUGGUAUGAGAUAUCAAGCUUGGUUAAGAGAACCUAAGAAUGGUCCUACUGAGUAUAGAAGUAGAACUGUGUUUGAAGAUUCAACUUCUGAGAUUGUAAGAGAUUUUUUCUGGGAUGAUGAGUUUAGACCAACUUGGGAUACAAUGCUUUCUAGUUCUACCACUGUUGAAGAGUGUACAAGUACUGGAUCCAUGAUUGUUAGAUGGUUACGCAAGUUCCCAUUUUUCUGCAGUGAUAGAGAGUAUGUGAUUGGUCGGAGGAUAUGGAACUGUGGCGAAACUUAUUACUGUGUUACAAAGGGAGUAUCUGUUCCUUCUAUACCACAUAACAACAAACAAAAACGUGUAGACUUGUUCUACUCUAGCUGGUGCAUUCGACCAGUGGAGUCAAGAAGAGACGAUGGAGUAACAAGUGCAUGUGAAGUGAUUUUGUUUCACCAUGAAGACAUGGGGAUACCAAGGGAGAUCGCAAAGCUCGGAGUGAAACGAGGAAUGUGGGGAGCAGUGAAGAAGAUGGAACCUGGUUUACGUGCUUACCAAGAGCAAAGACUCUCAGGUGAAGGAGGAGGAGGAGGAUACAAGCUUUCUCGGCCUGCUCUCAUGGCUCAGAUCAACACCAAGAUCACAUCAGAACAACUCGUUUUGCUUGCCAAUGGUGCAUCGCCUGUCACUGAAACUCCGGUUACUUUGAACCAAGAAAAUGGAGAUGGAGCUGAGAAUUUCAAGAAGCUGUUGAUAAUCGGUGGAGCUGUUGCGAUUGCUUGCACUUUGAGUGGAGGAGGGGGGUUGGUUCCUCCUGCAGUUCUUUUAGGGUUUGGGAAGAGGUUUUGUGGAAGAAAACGUGAGCUCCAAGGAACAACAGCAAGUCAAAGUCAAACUGCUUCUUUAUAGAUUGAAAAUAAUAAUCCAGAGACCAUUCCAGAUUAGUUUUUUAUACAAAGAAGUAUGUUUACAAGUAAUCAAUAAAAAAUAGAAAAGAUUAAUUUAUGAUCAUUACAAAGGAAGUAUUGUUUCAAAACAAUGAACACCGUCUAGCUCUGGAGCUAUCCUCAUCGGUUGAAUCUUCUUCUUCUCCUUUUUAGUUUUUUCACCGUCUGAUGAAACCGGAAUCCUCCCGUAGCUCUUCUGCUCCUCCGUCACCGGCGACUGAUUACCGCCGGAGCUCUGUUUCUGGCCGCCUGGAAACUUCAUCUUGAAGCCGUUUGAUUCAGCGAAAAGAGCAUCGAAGGGGCUAAAGUUCGACAUCAUCAUCGUUCUUGAAAUUAUGUUUUACUGUCUUGAUCAAGUUUCUUGUAAGCUUUUGACAGAUUGUAUAUGUUUGUUUCUUGGUGAGAAGAGAACGGUAGAUUAAAGUAUAUAUAUAGUUGGGAACGAGAUGGAAAAGCUAGAUAGGUCUAGAAAGAGUUAGACAAGUUUGACAAGUCUUGAGUUUAUGAA